CAGAAAUGACCUUGGUUCAUUGAAGUAAAUACAGCCAGACCAAGAAAGAUGGCAGGAUGUCUAACAGGUGACCCUUGCUAUCUAAUACGUUCAUCAUUUGUACGCUUGAAAGGAAACUUGAUCCCCCACACAACACUAAUAGAUGAGCUAUUAGCCAGCUUUGUGUUAAGUGAUGAAGAGAAAGAUGACUAUAGGAAUAUAAACCACAUCAAAUGUGGAAAACUGAUAAAGGAAAUUCUGAAGAAAGGGAGAGAUGCAUGUGCAAAGUUUCUCUCCAUACUGGAGAAUCAAGAGUAUGGUUGUUUACAGGAAAUGAUACACACAACUCCUUUAGAUGAAGAUGAAAGCUUUCCAAAAGAGCACUUGAGAAAUCACAGGACUUUGUUUCUUGAAGAACUAGAACCUUCCAAAACAGCUGACUAUCUCUUACAGUUUUAUGUGUUUAGCAUAGAUACUCAUGAUGAAAUAGAGAAAGAAAGCUUAAGGCUGAAUAGGGCACAGCUGGUACUUCAUCAUCUCUCUGAAAAGUCUCCUAAAUGUCUUGACAUCUUUGGGCAAGUUCUGAAACUUUCCCAACAAGACUAUAUCAUAAGAACACUCUAUGAGCAAGAGGGAAGAAAUUCCUUAACACCUAAAGAGCAAUGUGAGAGAUGCAUUCGAAUAAACUUUCGAUUCAUUCGUGGAAUGCUGCAUUUUGACAUCACACUUGAUCAUUUAAGACAAGAGGGAAUUUUCGAAGAGCAAGGAUUUAAAGAGACCAGAGUUCACCGAGGAAAGUUGGUGAAAGAAACAAUCAGAAAAGGUCCUAGGGCAUGUGAAUCUCUUUUGAGAUGUCUAGAAUCACAGCAGAAAGAAAUACAUGAUCAAGUUGUCCAAACUUUGAAUGAUAGGAAAACUGUAGAUCUCAGAAGAAACAUUAAUGUCACAAUAAAAAGGACUGACUUGAUUCGAUUAGAAAAAUUUUUGGUUAUGGAAUUGGAUUCUUUCGAAUUGAGUGAUAUUCUCUUCGAAGAAAGUGUCCUGACAGUUACUGAUCAUGACGUAAUUGAAGAGCAGGGAAGCUUAAGGAAAAGGAAUGAGAUUUUGUUAAGACAUCUGAAAGACCAACCUGAAGAUCAAUUGUAUCUUUUUGUGUAUGCUUUGAUGGAGGGUAAACAAGAUUAUAUAUUAGAAGAGAUAAAAAAACAGCAAACAGAACACAGUGAUCAAUUUUCAGCUCCUGUAAGUUCUAAAUCACAGAUUUCUCUUACGGUUGAUAAAGGAGUUCCAUGUUUAAUAGCAAAAGGAGGUAUUCGGAAUAUGGACAUUAAAAUGAUAAUAGAAGAAAAGGAUAAUCCGGACUCAAAUAUCAAAGGAAUCGUCCAAGUCAUCAACAGUGACCCAAGUUUGAAGAUUGUGGUUGUAGAGGACACACACAUGGUAGUCAAAGAGGCAACGACCGGCUCUAUUAUCAUUCAUUUAUGUCCAUUGACAGACAAUGCUGUCCACAGAUUUUUAGGAAAAGAUGGCAGUAUAAUACAGAAUAUGAUAGAAAAGUUGUUCACAUCUGCAGGAUUAGAUAAACUGCUGAAGAAAAGAAGAGAAUUAGAAAUUGUAGUAAAAGUCAUUGAAAAAGAUCCAAGUCCUGAUGAGAAAGUAAGUCGCUCUCAGGAGCCAGAUGAUAUAACAAGAAGAAAGAUCCAGAAAAAUGAGACGUUUCUGGUCGAUGAGUUAGAGCCCUCCCAGCUCAUGACCUAUUUACUUCAGAAAAAGUGUUUAACACCUGAAAACAAGUCAGAAAUUGAGCGUGAGGGAGGGAGGAAAAAAAGAGGAAUAAAAUUGCUUCAAACAAUUCGAACAUCAGAAAACAAAGAAAUCUUGAGUUCUUUCAUAAAGUACCUGCAGUCUAUUUCAAGAGAUGACCUCGUGGAAAUGGUUCAAGCCACUUUGAAAGAUAAAGACAUUCACAAAAAAGCAGAAAAAAUAAAGGAAGCACUCUUGCUAAACUUUAAAGACAUAGUGGAUGAAAUUGAGGUCAAUGUCAUGAAUGAAACAUUGCAGAAAUUCAAAACAAUUCAUGACCUACAGGAAGACAUGAAAACUUUUCUCCCGGAUUCUGGAAAAUCAAGGUCUGAGAGAGCACACAAUUUUUUGACAUUUGUCUUCAAACAUGACGAGUAUGUGAUUGAGCUGGAAAAUGUCUUAAGAAAAAAUAACAUGGAUCAUUUGCUGGAAGUAAAAGGAAAGAUGGAAGGAAAAGAGGAUGUUAAGGAAAAUUUGCCAUUCACGGAGAAAGGUGACAAAGAAUUGAGUUUGAGUACCAAACCACCAAAAAUUCCAAGACUUUCAAAAUCAGAGAAUAUUUUGCCAGACUCCAAAGAAAAAAACCCACAGGAAGCAAAACUCCUGAAGGAAGGAGUAUUGUUCGACUGCACAUUCAAAGUUGUUUUGGGGAAGGAGGGGGAAAAAAGGAAACGAUUAUAUGAUAUACCUUUCCAAGGACCAUUGGAAAAAGAAAUGCAUAUUGAGGAAGAUUUACCCUUCACAAAGAAAGGUGACAAAGAAUUGAGUGCAGUUGGUCGCGUACGUGGACAUGCACAUCUCACCAAAUCCGCACAAUGUCCAAGAGAUGAGACCUUGCAAGAGGAUGAAAAGAUUGUUGUGGCAAUUGACUUUGGUACUACAUACUCUGGUUUUGCGUACUCUCGAACAAAAACUUCAGAAGUCAUCCUUCAAAAAUGGGAUCCUAAGGCUGGGGAUAAGGUGGAUGCUUCUCUCAAAACACCCACCUCCUUGCUCCUGGAUAAUAAAAACAAUUUUGUCGCUUUUGGAUUCGAUGCUGAAAAAUUGUACAAGGAAUAUGCUGAAGAUGAACAACAUGAAAGUUUUAGAUUUUUUAGAAACUUCAAAAUGAAACUUCUGAAGAAAGAGACAUUGGGAAGCUCAAUGGAAAUAAAAGACCAUAUGGGAAAGCCAUUGGCUGCAUUAGAAGUCUUUUCUAAAUCUCUUGAGUACAUGAAGGAAAUGGUUUUGGAAAAGAUUCAAGAAAAAUAUGAAGAUCUUGUAAUUAAAGCAGAGAGGAUACAUUGGAUUGUGACUGUACCAGCUAUAUGGGAUGAAUUUGCGAAACAGUUCAUGAGAGAAGCUGCUGAGAAAGCAAGUAUUCCAAGCAAACAUUUACAUCUUGCCCUUGAGCCAGAAUGUGCUGCUGUCUAUGUGUUAUCUGGAGCAAAAUUGAAACUAUCUGGUGACCAGUCCGAGAAGACAGUUGGAGAACAAAUAUUUGUGGCUGAUCUUGGAGGUGGAACGGCUGAUUUCAGUGUUGUUGAGAUUACAGAAAAGCAUACAUUGAAACAUCUUCAUUAUGCCAGUGGAGGAGAGUGGGGAGGGAAGAAUGUCAACAAAGAAAUUUUUGAUAUAUUUGAGAGUAUCUUUGGUGCAAAAGUCAUGAAAAAAUUCAGUGACAUGAAAGCAGAAAUUUUACAGAUGGAAAAUGACAUUGAAUUGAAAAAGAGAGAUAUGAAGACAGAGGACAAAUUAUCGUUCAGCUUAUUACCAAGUUUAUCAUCUUUAUGCCGAGAUGUUUAUAAUGAAAACUUCAAAGAUAUGAUAGAAAAAUCAGGGUACAAAAAUGUCGUAUAUAAAACAGGAAAAAUAAUUUUUGAUGCAUCUCUUGUAAAACGUAUCUUUGGGACCGUUGUUAGUAAGAUAGCAGGUCACAUGAAAUCAGUUCUAGCACAGCAACCCAAAGCAAAUGAUAUAAAAACAAUAAUCCUUGUUGGAGGUUUUGCAAAAAGUGACUUUGUUUAUGAAUAUAUAAAAAAGGAAUUUUCUGAUAAAGAAGUCAUUGUUCCUAUUGAUCCAGAUCUUGCUGUAUUAAAAGGGGCUGUAAAGUUUGGACAUUUGGAUGGGAUAAUUGAAAUGCGAGUGUGUAAUUAUACCUAUGGUGUAGAGACUAACAGGUAUCGUUUGGCCUCAGAUCCACCGGAUAAAAUCAAAUAUAUAGGGGAUAAACACCAAUGCACACAGGUGUUUGAAAAACUGAUUACCAUUGGGGACAAAGUUUUGGUCAAGGAUAAAGUUGUGAGAAAGUUUAAUGCAUCCACUGCGGAUAUGACAAAAAUGAAGAUCAACAUUUAUAGGUCCAAAGAGAAAAGUCCACUGUUUGUUACAGAUGAGGGGUGUGAACUAUUUGCUACAAUGACAGUACAGAUGCCAGACACCGAAGGAGGGAUAGAAAGGGCGGUAACAAUCUCCAUAGAAUUUGGAAAAACUGAAAUCUUUUUUUCAGGAAAAGAUGAGAGUACUGGUGCAGAAAUUAAGGUAACCAUGGAAAUGAUUUGGUGAAUCUGCAUAUUGU